AUGGCGCAGAUCCUCCCCGGGCCCGGAGCCCAGGCGCCGCCGCCGCUCCCCGACCACCUUGUCGAGGAGAUCCUCGUCCGGGUCGCCUCCCCCGCGGACCUUGCCCGCGCCGCAGCAGCGUGCGCCUCCUUCCGCCGCCUCGUCGCCGCCGCCUCAUUCCUCCGCCGCUACCGCUCCCUCCACCCGCCGCUCCUCCUCGGCGUCCUCACGGCCCGAAGAUUCCUGCCCGCCGAAGCUCGCCACCCCAACGCGCUCAGCGCGCACGCCCUCGUCCGCGCCGCCGACUUCUCCCAGUGCCAAGGAACCGGCUGGAUUCACUGCGACGCCCGCGACGGCCGGGUUCUCCUGAUGCGCUCUGAGCAUGCGAGCGGCCAUAUCAUCCUCCCGGAACUCGCCGUGUGCGACCUCUUGACGCGGGGGUGCACGCCGCAGCCGACCAUACCAGAGAGCCUAGUAUCCUCCGUCCUUGGUCCGGCACGGGACGAGCACAUUGGAAAUUUCAUCGCUUUCUUUGUCCCUGCAGCAGACUACGAGGAGACACAGUUCAGGGUGGUUGCCUGGGGGUACUGUGAAGCACUGGCUGUGGCAUUUGCCUACUCUUCGCUUUCUGGCACCUAG